CACGGGCGCCGGCCGACGCUCCACUUAGGGCGGGCCUCUCCUCUGCUCCGCAGGGAGGACCAAGGCCAGCAAGAAACCUCUGUCCCUCCGAAAUUACUCACCAAUUCACCAAGGAAAAUUCGCUAGAUUUUUGUUGUGCUCCAUCCUUGACUCUAAGAAAGCAAUUACAGCCACAUUACAAGGAAUCCUACCUUACUGGAAUUGCAAUGCCAGCUACAAGCAUACAAUUGGUUUCUGUCUUUAGUGAAAGCAAAAGAUAAUCCUCACAAGAAACAGCAAAAAAGUAAAGCAAAAGCAUGUAGCAUGUCCUCUAUUCCGCUCUCCGGUCUAUCUAGCCAGCUUCUUGUGGUGUCUAAAUGAUCUAUUUGGCUUCUUGUAGCUGCGUAUCUCUACAUAGUAUCAAUUAUUUCUUCACCAAGGAAAUAAUCCACUACUUCUCAAGGAAUUCAGACGGAUACUUGCAGUGAGAAUACUGGUCGAGGAUAACCUGGAAAUAGAAUUAAUCUAGAGACUAGAGAUUCCAGCAUCUUGCGGUCUUGCCAAUUCAUCAUGCGUACGGAGGUUAUCAAGGCAGACACCAUUGAUGCGGCUGUUGAAGGAAUUCUCAAUGAACUCAAGGAUACUAGUAGAAGAGAAAAUUCCAUCUACUUUGAUGGCUGGGACGGGCUUGGGGCAUCUACGGUGCUGCAAGUUGUAGCCCAAUAUCUGGCAUCAAACAAGAAGACAAUACCUCCAGGACUGUUGUUUGAGCAUGUCAUCCACAUUGACUGUUCAAAGUGGGAGAGCACAAGAGCAGUGCAGAGGGAAAUCUCUAUGCAGCUGAAGCUUCCCAGUCGAGUGAUUGAGAUGUUUAACAAGCAAGAUGAGGAGGAGGAUUUCAGUGGAAUUACUGAUCAAGGCUCUCGCAUGGAAAUACCAGAGGUUGCGGCAGAGAUCAAGAGGAGCAUACAGGGCCGCAGGUUUCUGCUGGUUCUUCAGAAUGGAGGGGAUGAGGAGGUUAACAUAGCUAACCUUGGUCUUUACAUAUACGGGUACUUGAGUAGCAAGGUGGUAUGGACCUUCCAAGGGAGGUUCCGGAUCGACUCCAAGAUGAGAGAAAAGGUCAUGAAGAAGAACACCACAGAUGUUCUUCUCUCAGCUUCAUGCUCUGAGCGAGAUACACAAGAGUUGUGGUCAUAUCUACUUCGUGAAGAGGCUAUACAAGUUGUUUGCAAGUAUGGCAUUGACCCUGCAAUAGCUGUUAAAUGCUUCUUGUAUAUGUUGACACUAAAUUGCAUCCGCGGCCAUCAUGUCGAAACUGAGUUUGAUUUGGCUAUACAUACUUGCAACUAUUGGAUGUGUGAUGGGAUCAUACAGAAAGUCACGAACAUCAAUGAAGCGUGGCAAGUCAGUGAUGCUCUGGAGGCUCAGAUGCGACUGGAUAUAGACUACUGCCAUAAUGAAUUGCCCUCUCACUUGGUAAGGCAUGAUGAGAGCAUUCCUCAUUGGUCUUCACCGGCAAAUGGAUUUCUAUUGGUUCCGGCUGGAGUCAUUCCUAAUGGAAUGUUUCAGCAUUUUGACAAGCUUGGUGUCCUAAAACUCUUUAAGUGCACCUUCAGCUUUUCAUCGCCCCCAUUUCUCUACUGCCACAUCCUUAGAUUUCUAUGGCUUGACCACUGCCAAGACCUAAGAAACACAAAUGCAGAAAAAAGGGAUGAGGAAAACACCACUAGAUCAUGGACAUGCUUCAGAAGCUUGUGGGUGCUUGACCUGCGCUACACAGAUUGUGAUUGGAUCUUGUCUGCAUGGAUGAUGGAUCUCAUGACCCAGCUCAGGGAGCUAAAUGUGAUGGGUGCUGAAAACUGGGACAUGAGCCAUUUGCAAGGACGAAUUCGUAACAUUCGCAAGCUCCGGGUAACAAAGUCCACCUGCUUCUUCAACAACCACGUGUUCUCAGAGAUGGAAAGCAUGGAGCUUCUUGAUUUUUCAGGAAAUCGCAUCACACAAGGCAUGACAUGCUUAUCUGGACCAGCAAGCAACAGUAGCCUUAAGAGCUUCAUUAUUGACGGAUGUGAUGGGUUAAAAACUAUCUGUUUUAGGGGCUGCAAAGAAUUGGACAAUCUAUUCUUGAAAGGGUCUUUGGAGAGUCUCGAGGAGCUGGACCUCUCAGGCACAAGAGUGAAAACCCUCAACCUGAUAGGAGUGGAUGCCAGAUCACUCCCCAAGCAGAUCAUCCUGCUAGGCUGCGAGAAGCUCCAUGCAAUAUUGUGGCCACUGAGUAUGACAAAGGAAGGGUUGCCAAAAGUGCUGCACAUUGACACCACAUCUCCAUCAACAAUAGCUUACGAAGGGGAGGCACCACUUGUGCACUCGCAUGCUGAUCUAUCCCUCCACCAGCAGAAAGAAGAAAUGUUUAAGGGUGGGUGGCGGAUUUGUCUCACGGAUGCAAGGCUCCUUAGGUCCCUCUCUCCUGCAGAAAGUUUUUUAAAAGACUCAGCCAUACAUAUUGAUAUCUGUACAGCAGCUGUUGUUGGUGGUAGCAACAUCCAAGGAACAAGCAGUAACAAACUAGUGCAAGUCCAACCGCGUACAAGCAUCUUGAUGCACUCGAAGUACAGAGAUGCCUUUAGGAAUGACCCAAUUCCAGCAGUGAUGAUGUGGGAGUGGGACUACCCCAAGAUACCGAACUUGAUGAUGACCAAAUAUACAUGCUUCAUAAAGAUAAUAAUGCACGGGCGGGGCAACAGACUCUUGGAGGAUGCUGCAGGUGACUUGGUUAGUACUAGUGCUUUAUUAUUGCCUAAGUUUAUAUGUGACUUGGUUACAUCGUUGCACGUGUAUGAUAACUUGUCCAUCACUAGUAUCCCUGGACCUCCCCAAGGAUCAGGAUGGCAUAGACUAAGAUGGUGCCGCGUGGAGAGAUGCCCUAGGUUACACACAGUCUUCACUGUCCCCCAUGGCACUAGCGAGGACCUUGGCGGGGACAGCUUUCGGUAUCUGGAAACAUUAUGGGCGUCCAAGCUCCUCUCUGCACUAUACAUCUGGGACAGGCAAGUUGAAAAAGGUUAUUUGAAUUCCCUGGUGUUAUUGCACCUGGACCACUGCCCCAGGCUCGUACAUGUGCUCCCCUUCUCCAUACGGAUAAAACACACCUUGUAUUACCUUGAGACCCUUGAGAUAGUGUACUGCGGUGACCUCAAGGAGGUAUUCCCUUUGAGCCCUGAGCUUCAAGAGCAGAAUAAAAUUCUAGAGUUCCACAAUUUGAAGCGCAUCCACCUGCAUGAGCUCCCAAAGUUGCAGCGCAUCUAUGGGCGUAGUAUAUCUGCACCUUACCUUGAGACCGUCAAGAUCAGGGGCUGUUGGAGCCUUAGGCGUCUUCCUGCCGUCGGACGCUACACCGAGCCGCCCAAGGUGGAGUGCGAGAAGGAAUGGUGGGACAACCUAGAGUGGGACGGGUUGGAAGAGUACCACCAUCCUUCGCUCUACGAGCCGACCCACUCGUUGUACUACAAGAAGGCCCAGCUGCCAAGAGGCACAGUACUCUGGUGAG